AUGUUCCUCGUCCUCGCUGUGCUGCAGCAACAUGUGUUUAAGACACUGGAGGACGACCCUCUGUUUGCACGUCGGCCUGGUGAAGACGUCCCCAUCGAGAAAAUGAGAGAGCUCACCUUCCUCAGGGUGAAACAGCUUUUCCGCUAUGACUUCAUGACACAAGAGGAGGCGAUGGCCAACCCCUGGAAGGGUGUGGCCCUUAAUGAUUCUCUGGGCAUGUACGAUUGGGCGCUGUCGGCCAAGUACUUCCUCAACAAAGGGAUGUUUGGAGCGACUAUCGCAAGGACAGGAUCAAAGAGACACAGCAAAUUUGUUCAAUACACUGAAGACAUGACGACGUACGGAUGCUUUGCACUGACUGAGCUGAGCCACGGCAGCAACACCAGAGCCAUGAGGACCACAGCGACAUACGACCCCUCCAGCCAGGAGUUUGUGAUCAACUCUCCGGACUUUGAGGCUGCUAAGUUCUGGGUGGGGAACUUGGGGAAGACUGCCACCCACGCUAUGGUUUUCGCUCAGCUCUACACGCCUGACGGGGAGUGUCACGGCCUGCACUCCUUCAUCGUGCAA